UAUAAAUGGGAAAAUAUAAAUAAAAAACUUCAAGGUCCCGCAUGUAAUGUUCGGUGUAAUCUAAUCAUAACGAUAAGUACGCUUUUCUGCACCACACCUACGAUUUUUUACAAGGCGAAAAUUUACCACAAUUGAAAAUGUCUCUUCAAGUGCAAUUUGAUCAAGCCGUUGAGGAUGUGAAAAAUCUUAAGGAAACACCGGCAAACGAUAUUCUGUUGGAAAUUUAUGCUUUGUACAAACAAGCCACAGUCGGUGAUUGCAAUACACCUCAACCCGGCAUGCUCGACUUCAAAGGCAAAGCAAAAUGGGAAUCAUGGAAGCACAAGGCUGGUACUUCACAAGACAAGGCCAAACAAGACUAUGUCAACAGAGUAAAAUCAUUAGUCGAUUCCGUUGGUCUUAAGGAAUAGAUGGAAAUUUUACAGAAUUUCAUUGCCAAAGAUAUUAUCGUCACGAUUUUGCAUAAUUUUCCAUUUGGCAUUGUGAUGAGAGUCAAUCGGAUUUUCAUUUGAAUUUUUUUUUUCUUUUGCGGUGCAUCAGUAAUUUUGGUGUGGUUUAAUAACAAAAAUUGCAAUAUUGUAACAGUGUAGCCAGAGCAUCUAGUGCUCUAUAAUCCAUGAAGAAUUUAUUAAAAGUUAAUUUUGCAACAAAAA